CAGGCCCCAUGCCCUGAGAGGACACUUGGCUGUUGGGAGGCUGAGCAGCUGGCUGCAGGGAAAGCUGAUGGGAUGUUCGGGAACUGCACAAAGAUCGAAAUGCUGCAUUGUGAUUUCCCACCCGUCUUCACAAAAGAAAGUGAAACGGGCUGGAACAGAUAAAUAGGCAGUGGAGAACACAGCAACAGAUCGCAGCAAGCUGUGCAGAGCUCACCUCUGCUGCCCGGAGCACCACCGUCUGCAGCCUCUCCUCUGCCUGACUCAGCGACACAAUGCAGCAGCUGCACCUUCUUUGCCUUUGUCUCCUGGUGCAGAGAUGUAUCCUGAAUGUGUACGCUGGCAACAACGUCCUCGACUGCUGCCUGCGGACCAGCGAGAAGCCCAUCCCCCGGCGGAUAGUGCAGGACUACCGGAUGCAGCUGGUGCAGAAUGGCUGCGACAUCCCUGCCACCGUGUUCAUCACUACGAGGGGCAAGCGGCUCUGUGCCCCACCCCAAGCUCCAUGGGUGCUGCGCCUCCAAGAGAAGCUGGAUGCCAGCUCUGCUGGGAAGGCUCUCUUCUUGCCAGAGAGGCGGUGGCUGCCAGUCUCUGGAGACGGUCAAGCUCAGGCUCUGCCCACAGUCCUGGUCCCAAAUCAAGGCAAUUAAGCUAUGCAGGAACAUGUGCCCAGUCCCAGCACCCAAAGCAGGGCUGACUCCCUGUGAAUCUGAAGCUUGUGAAGCCAUGAAGCCAACCCUGCUUCUAUGCCAUGCUGUGGCGCAUGGGACCAACCCUCCUUGGGACUGGUGUCAGUGCGCAGUGCUGGGCACAGCUCUUCUGUUCUAUCUUCUCCCUUCUGCCACUGUUGUGACCGAGAAACCUGCAUCUGGCCAAGCCAGGGGCUGCUUGACAGGAGUCUUGGCCUCAAGGGUUCUCAGCAUCACCCGUGCCACUAUCGAGGCUGAGGAGUUGAUUUGAUGAACUGAUCUGCAGAUGAGUUUGUUGGGAUCUCAGCCUUUCUGUGGUCUCAUUUCCAUCACUGGUCUGUUCCCUUGGGUUUCCAACAUCAGCCUCGAGCCUGAGCCCUUCUAUAUCCCUGGGAACGGCUGCUCAGUAAAAACUGCACAGGGAUGAAUAGGAGAGAUGGGGAUGUCCAUUUGCCACCAUGCUGAUUCCAUGUUGUUCUCAGGGAACAGGUGGCACAGUUUUCUCUCUUGAGCCUGACUCCCUUGCAGCUUUCUCCCAGUGCACUUUCCUGACAGGUGGAAUGGAGCCAGGGCUGGCAUCUGGGACAGCCAGGCAAAGGUGCACUGGGGGAGAUGUCCCAUCCUGGCACUGCUGGGUGCUGUGGCACAACUGGUGUCCACUUGGCCAUGGCCUGGCCUGCAGGAUGCGAGUGGGUGAUGGGUAUCACUCAGGGAUGUUGCCAUCCUUCUCGGUCCCUGAGCCUGCCACCAUCAUCAAAGAUUGCUCUUGGCAAUGAUGCAGGAGCAGUAUUCACAACGUGCUCAGGUAUUUGCUGCUAGGUCUAUUCAGUGCAAUAAUUACAGGCAUUAGCUGCUUCCUUCUUUCCUUUCUUCUUUUUUAAAAGAAAAAAAAAAA